UGGCAGCGACCAGCCGAGCCGGGGGUCCUGAAACAAUGACACUGUUUAUUCUGUGUGCACUGUUGCUGAAGGCUCCACCUGUCCAUGCAGCAACAAAAGGGGUGACUGCCAGCUUAAAUGCUAAGUGGCCAGCCACACCACUUCUGCUGGAGACCAGUGAGUUCAUCGCAGAAGACGGUGAUGAAAAAUUCUGGCAGUUUGUGGACACUGUAAGAGAAUUGACAAUAUAUAGGAAAGCAGAUUCGGGAAGUUCUUAUUACAGCUUGUUACUGAAGAAAGCUGCCCAGUUUGUCACAGAUCUUCAGAUUAAUCUGCUGAAGUUUGCUCUUGCUUUGAGAGUCUAUUCUCCAGCUGUACAGAUGUUCCAGCAGAUUGCAGCUGAUGAACCACCACCCCAAGGUUGCACUGCCUUUGUGGCCAUCCAUGGGAAACACACCUGCAGUGCUAAUGAGGUCAAGAAACUCUUGAAGAAGGCAGCCAGCAGACCCAAGCCAUACUUGUACAAGAGUGACCAUACAUUUCCUGGGAUUAAUGGGGGAGAUCCCCCAGUUGUCAUCCUUUAUGCUGAGCUUGGUACAAACUCAUUUAAUAACUUCCACAAGGUGUUGUCUGAGAAAGCUGAGAAUGGAGACAUUGUCUAUGUGUUACGCCACUUUGUUGCAUCUUCCAGUUCGGGUAAAAUGCAUUUGUCAGGAUAUGGCGUUGAGCUUGCUAUUAAAAGUACAGAGUAUAGAGCUGUGGAUGACACCCAAGUGAAAGAUACAAACAUGACUGUGCUUGAGGUUGGCGAGGAUGGUGAUGAAGUCCAAGGUUUUCUUUUUGAGAAUUUAAAGAAAAUGCAUCCCGAUAUGAAGGAAGAACUUGGAGAGCUCAGAAAGCACCUCAUUGAGAGUACUAAUGACAUGGCUCCUCUGAAAGUCUGGGAACUUCAAGACCUUAGCUUCCAGGCCGCAACUCGGAUUACCUCGGCCCCAAAAUAUGAUGCUAUGAAGUUAAUGAGAGACAUAAGUCAAAAUUUUCCAACAAAAGCCAGAUCACUGACAAAAACUGUCGUAAACCAAGAAAUGAGAAAAGAAAUUGAGGAAAAUCAAAAGCACCUCACAGAAAGUUUGGGAAUUAACCCUGGCGAUGCAGCUUUAUUCAUUAAUGGACUUCAGAUUGAUUUAGACACUCAGAAUGCAUUCAGUGUUCUAGAUAUUAUACGGGGCGAAGGUAAGACCAUGGAGGGUCUUCAUAACCUUGGUAUCAAGAACAAUGAUCUAAGGAAACUGCUGAGGCUUGAUGUUCACCCAGCGGAGGGUAGCUUUGCUCUGGACAUUCGCCAUCCUGCAGUAAUGUGGGUUAAUGAUAUCGAAACAGACCACAUGUAUCAUUCCUGGCCGUCUAGUUGUCAGGAGCUUCUAAGGCAGACGUUUCCAGGUGUUAUACGCCAAAUCAGACGAAACUUUUUCAGUUUGGUGUUGUUCAUCCAUCCUGCUCAAGAAGAAACGGUUGAACUAGUUAAACUAGCUGAACUUUUCUACCAGCACAAGAUUCCUCUCAGGAUUGGGUUUGUAUUCGUUGUCAACACUGAUGAGAAAUGUGAUGGUAACAAGGACGCUGGCGUUGCCCUGUUUAGAGCCUUGAACUACAUAGCAGAGGAGUAUGACUUUGCACAGGCAUUUUCUUCCAUGGUUUCUAUAUACAAUAAAGUAAAUCAUGGAGAUGUGCUGACUGUGGACAGAGUGGUUGGGUUUCUGAAGAAGAAGUACCCUCGUGCUGAUGCUUUGAGAAUCAUUGGCUUGGAUUCCCAAUAUGAUGAUAAAAGGAAGGCAGGUGGGAUUUUCUAUAGGAAGAGUGGGCUGGGUGCUCUUCCACAGGCCUUGUUCAAUGGAGUUCCCUUCAGCAGUGAAGAAAUGGACCCUGAGGAGCUGGAGACCGUUCUUCUCCAACGCAUCGUGGAGGCCACAGGCUUCUUGCAGAGAUCCGUCUUCAUGGGUCAUUUGACUGAUGAAACAGAUGUGGUGGAGUAUCUGAUGGACCAGCCCAAUGUGGUUCCUCGUAUUAAUACACUGAUUCUGAGCUUAAAAAGGAGAUACCUGGAUCUCACCUCAAAACCAGCUAUACAAGACUGGCAUGACACUUCCACAUUCUCCUUCCUUGACUCCAGAGAUAAGACUGCCGUUAUUGCUGAAAAUAUGAAAUACCUCACUAAGAAUGGUGAGGAUGUAAUUUAUGCGGCGAGCAUCUGGAUUAUUGCUGAUUUUGACAUGCCCUCUGGGAGGAGACUGCUGUCUAAUGCAUUGAAACACAUGAAAAGCAGCAGCAAAACCCGUAUCGGGGUGAUGAGUAACCCAGUCGCCAAACCCACAGAAGAGAACACUGUGAUUGCAAGGGCUAUUAUGGCAGCCGUCCUCACACAGAAAAUAAAGGAGGCGUUUCAUUUCGUAAUGAAACUCAUCAAGGAAGAAAGCGUACAAGCACUUGCACAAGGAACUAAAAUGAAGGAUUUAGUCAUCCAGGGCAUGGAUAAUGACAGCUUUGAGAAGAAGCACAACACCCUGGGAGUGGAUUUCAUCAGUACUCAGCAGUUGUUCUGCCAAGACGUUGUCAAGCUGUUGCCUGGUCAGAUGGCUGUUGUGAUCAAUGGACAGAUUUUGGGGCCGCUUGAUGAAAAUGAAGAAUUUCAUGAAGAUGAUUUUCAUCUGUUGGAAAAGAUAACUUUGAGCCGUUCUGCAGAGAAGAUCAAAGUUAAAAUCAAGCAGAUGGGAAUGAAGGCAAAACAGGCCAGUGAUUUGGUUAUGAAAGUGGAUGCACUCUUGACAUCAGCGCCCAAGGGAGAAACCAGGAGAGAUGUCAGGUUUAUUAAAGAUGAACUGAGUGUAGUACAGCUACCACCUCGAGAAGAUGAAGUUUACUAUGAUGUUGUAGCGGUUGUGGAUCCACUCACCAGGGAGGCCCAGAAAGUGGCGCCUUUAUUGAUCGUACUUGGCCAAGUCAUCAAUAUGAAACUCCGGGUGUUUAUGAACUGCAAGCCCAAGCUUUCGGAGAGGCCUCUGAAGAGCUUUUAUCGCUAUGUUUUGGAGCCUGAUGUGACAUUUUUGGCCAACAACACCCUGUCUCCAGGGCCUGUAGCAAAGUUUCUAGAAAUGCCUGAAUCUCCUCUUCUCACGCUCAACAUGAUCACACCAGAGAGCUGGUUGGUGGAAGCUGUGCAAAGCUCACAUGACCUUGAUAACAUCCACCUGCAGGAGAUUGAUGGCAUUGUGAAAGCAGAAUACGAGCUGGAGUAUCUGCUGCUUGAAGGGCAUUGCUUCGAUGUGACAAGUGGGCAGCCACCUCGUGGGUUACAGUUUACUCUGGGAGUCAAAAUUGCCCCCCUUAUACAAGAUACCAUAGUGAUGGCCAAUCUGGGCUAUUUUCAAUUAAAAGCAAAUCCUGGUGCCUGGAUCUUAAGGUUACGUAAAGGAAGGUCAGAAGAUAUCUAUCAGAUAUUUGCUCAUGAUGGCACUGACUCACCUGCUGAUUCUGACAAUGUCAUUGUUGUGUUGAAUAGUUUCCACAGCAAAAUCAUCAAUGUAAAGGUGCAGAAAAGGGCAGAUAAAAUAAACGAAGAUUUGCUCAGUGAUGGAACAGAGGACAAAGGAUUAUGGGAGUCAAUUACAAGUUUCACAGGAGGAUCUUCUUCGGAUGAUGCCAAAAAGGAGAAAGCAGAUAUUCUGAACAUAUUCUCAGUUGCAUCGGGACAUUUGUAUGAGCGCUUUUUAAGAAUAAUGAUGCUUUCAGUUUUGCGACACACCAAAACGCCCGUCAAGUUCUGGUUCCUGAAAAACUACCUGUCACCAAUGUUUAAGGAAUCUAUUCCACACAUGGCCAAAGCGUAUGGCUUUCAGUAUGAGUUAGUGCAGUAUAAGUGGCCUCGCUGGCUCCAUCAUGAGACUGAGAAACAGAGGAUCAUCUGGGGACACAAGAUCCUGUUUUUAGAUGUGCUGUUCCCUCUGGCUGUGGAUAAAAUCAUCUUCGUGGAUGCUGAUCAGAUUGUGAGGGCUGACUUGAAGGAGCUGAGGGACCUAGAUCUGAAGGGCGCCCCAUACGGUUAUACCCCUUUCUGUGACAGUCGCAAGGAAAUGGACGGAUACCGCUUCUGGAAGUCGGGAUACUGGGCGUCUCAUCUAGCAAACCGGAAGUAUCACAUCAGUGCCUUGUACGUCGUUGACCUAAAGAAGUUCAGAAAGAUUGCUGCUGGAGACAGGCUCAGGGGUCAGUAUCAGACACUCAGCCAGGACCCAAACAGCCUGUCUAACCUGGAUCAGGACCUACCCAAUAACAUGAUCCACCAGGUGGCCAUCAAAUCUCUUCCACAGGAGUGGCUGUGGUGUGAAACCUGGUGUGAUGACAACUCCAAGAAGACUGCUAAAACUAUUGAUUUGUGCAAUAAUCCAAAGACGAAAGAGCCCAAACUGAAGGCGGCUAUGAGGAUAGUGCCAGAAUGGGUGGAGUAUGAUAAUGAGAUAAAGCACUUGUUGAAGCAGCUUGAAGAACAAAAAAAUAUACAGGUCAACCAGCACGCAAAGUCAAAAAGUAACAAAGGUGUCCAACGUGAUGAACUUUAGCAUUUGCAUUUAGAGUGUGGAAGGUGGAAGAACUGGAGCCAGCCUUUCUAUAACGCUUGAAGAUUUCCUCAGUGUACAGAGCCAGAGGCUAUACUGGUUACAGAUUACUGACAAGACAUUUUUAUACAAUUUUCUGAAUGAGUAUGUUGUAGGUUGAGCAAUACACACUUUCGAAGUAGUUUAAUUGUGUAUUUUCCCGGCCACAAUGUGACCACUGACUGCUUUUAUUCUGAACGUGCUUUGAAAGACACAGUUUUGUUUUUACAGAUGGCAAGUAGUUUACAUGUUUGCACUGAUGUAAAUAGCAGUUCAUUGCACCUGAAUUUCUGAUAGCAUUUCUGUUAACAACAACAGCAUGUUUCUUCUUACCAAAAGAAAACACUCAUGAGGAUCCAGCUCAGUUUGUAGUUAUUUUUUGUUUGUUUGUAAGCAGCAGGUAACAAACAAGAUUAUAUAUACAAGAAAAUACAGCAGAAAUAUUACAACCAGAUCAUAAAUAGAUGCGGUAAAGUGAUGUUGUAGUCUUGCAUAUCAAUGGAUACUAUUAAAAAUGCAAUAUUUAUGUUCCAGUUUCUGUAUUGUAACAGAAAAGAAAACAUGCCUGUUCAGAAGUGUUUUUGAGUUUCAGGUUAACUUGAUCCAAAUACAAGAAGAUAAAUUGGGGGAUGGGGGGCGAAGGGGGAGCAAUCCCUUCUCAAAUCAAAUCAUAUGGGGUUGACUACGUAGAAAAUGAAAUACUUUUUGAGAAACAAAAAACUUUUAGGAUUUUAGUUUUUUUUUAAUCAUUCAAUCUUUAUGGGCAGUGCGGUCAUCUGCAGGUAUUUCCUGAAAAAAAAUACAGCAGAUCUGGCAGGUUAUAUGCAUAACCACCUGCUGCUUCAGGUAGAAACGGAAGCCUGUCUUUUUAGUUCACAGUAUGGCAAAAAGGCUUUAGGGAGGUGGGGAGAGGUGAAACUACCUUUAGAGAGUGCCAUAGGUCUGUUCCAGGUUCUCAUUAAGUAGAAUACA